AUGUCCAACAUAACGACAAAUAGUACUAGUAUUAUCGUUGGUGAAGACCAGACUCAAUUGAUUGCACUCGUUAAUCUUCUGAAUAAGACCAUUUCACAAUAUGGUCUAGGUCUUAUCUGGUUCGUUGGCAAUAUCGGAUCAAUUUUGAAUUGUAUUGUAUUUUCUCAACCAACUUAUGGCAAAAGCCCGUGUGCCAUGCAUUUUCUUGCAUCAAGUGUUGCACAGUUUUUUACUUUUAAUUUUGCUCUUCUCACUCGUCUGCUUCAAUAUGGUUAUGGUAUUCAAGGUACUAACAUUUAUGUUUGGUUUUGUAAAGUCCGCUUUUAUUUAUUCUACAUUUUUGUGGCUGUUCCUCGUUAUAACAUUGUCAUGGCCUCGGUUGAUCGUUAUUUUGCCAGUUCUCGCAGUGCUCUUCGUCGACAAUGGAGUUCGUCAAAGAUUGCUACACGUCUAAUCAUCGGCAAUAUAAUCGUCUGGUGUAUCAUAUAUGUUCAGGUUCUGAUUUUCUACGAUAUUACUAAUGGCAGCUGUUCAUACGGUUCAGGAGCUUAUGGAAUAUUUUUCAGUAUUUAUAUUUCAAUUGAUAGUGGAAUUCUUCCUCUAUUAUUAAUGCUUAUCUUUGGAUUACUCACUGUCAAUAAUAUUCAUAAAACAAGAAAACGAAUUGAUGUAGCCCCAACAGGUGAUCCAAGUCGACCAGCACAAGCGGCUAAAAUGUCAAAGAAAGAUAUUCAACUUCAUAGAAUGUUAGCAAAUCAGAUUUGUCUUUUCAUUAUUUUAAAUAUGCCAAAUCCUUGCUAUCUCGUCUAUCGGUCAUUUACCAUAACUCUAGUGAAAUCACCAUUUCGUCGUGCAACUGAAACAUUUCUCAGUAAUAUGACAUAUGCUCUUAUUCAUCUUGGAUUUUCCUUAACAUUUGCUAACUUUUUUAUAUCAUCCGAUAUAUAUCGACGAGAAUUUCUUCAAGUCAUUCGAAUUAAAAUACUUCGUCAAACUUCAGCGUCUACAGCAACUGAAGGAGGAACAACAGUGAAAGCUGUUCGUCAAAACGGUGGCAAUGGUUAA